UGAUAUGACAAAUUCCUUAAUUAAGAGGUAAUGUCAUCCAGUAAACCUAUACUAUGUGGACCUUGUCAUAAAGGGGAAGUAACCACUAAAGCUGACAUCUGGUGUUAUAACUGUGACGAAGGAUUAUGCUCAACAUGUUUAAAGCAUCACAAAAGAUCCAAAGGAACAUGUGAUCAUAAAACCAUUGAUAUCAAAAGUUAUAAACCAUCCAUCCAGACCAUCAAAACAGAAUGUGACAAACACGGUCAACAGCUUAACUUGUACUGUCCCAGUCAUUUAAUGCCUUGCUGUGAUGAAUGCAUUUCCACUAGCCAUUCAAAAUGUACCGGAAUAAAAAGUUUAGCAGGUGUCGUGGAUAAAACAAAGAUUGAAAAAUCAAAGGAAUCUGUAGAGACAGACAUACAUUAUAUAUUAAAAGUAUUGGAAACAAUAAUCAACAACAAAUCCAAAAACAUCAAAACUGGAGAAAAUCAGUGUGUUAGCAUAAAAAAGUCAGUGAAAGGAAUUAGACAGGAAAUAAAUAAACAUUUAGAUCACUUAGAGAAGAAGUUAUGCCAAGAAACAGAUACCACUUGGAAUCAGGAAAAAUCAAAAGCAACUGAUUUCAUUUCUGAAAUUGAAGCGAAAUCAAAAAGCUUGAGGGAAAUGAAAGAACAUUUACAAACAGUCAUAACAAAUACUUCUAAGCUCCAAUCCUUUCUUGGUGUACAUCAGAUUGAUCAACAAGUACACCAAUGUCACAGAUAUGUCGAAGAUCUGGAUGAUGAUGUUAGGACCAAAGAAUUUGACAUCAAAAUGAAGCAAAAUAAUGAAAUAGAAAAAAUACUAAGUAAAUUAGGAUCAUUAAAAUCCUUAGGAGAAGUAACAGUUAGAAAGACAGAAGUAGCCAUGAAUAUAGACACUAGUGUGAAGAAAGAAGCACAAGUAGAAUUACAAGAACAAUCCAACAUAAACAACAUGACCAUGAAUAUAGAGACAAAGAUAGAGAUCAACAUGAAGAAGUCAAUAAGUGACAUGAUUUGUCUGAUGGAUGGAAGAGUUAUAGUAGUGGAACAGCUUGGUAAAGUUAGUCUACUUACUUUUGAUGGCAAACUACAGAAACAAUUACCCAUACCUGAUGUUGCCUGGAGUGUUACACAGAUCAAUCAGAACACUAUUGCCAUAACUUAUCCUUAUGAGGCAGCCAUUAAGAUCUUCAAUACGGAGAAGGAAAUGGUUACCAAAGUCAUCACAUUAGACAGAGCAUGCUGGGGAUUAUCAUUCUCCAAUAAUUCUCUGGCUGUAGGUUUGAGUACUGAUAAAAUCCGUAUCAUAGACUUGGAAGGAAAUACACUGAAGUCAAUACAAGUUGAGAGUGAAUCAGACCUGGAGUACCUUGUUUACUGUAAUGACAGAGUAAUCUAUAGUGACUAUGAAGGUAAAGCAGUAUACUGUUAUGAUGGAUCAGGUAAACAGAUCUGGCAAUAUACACAGGAUUUAUCGGGACCAAUGGGACUUUGUAUAGAUAUCUAUGGUAACAUUAUUGUAGCAGACGUUGGCUCAUAUAGAAUAAUAGUAAUAUCAAAAGAUGGACAGAAUAGUACAAUACUGAUAAGUGAAAAGGAUGGGCUGGAGGAUCCUGGGUGUAUUUGUUUUAAACAUAAUGAGUCUUCAGGUUUUAUUUGUGAACACUAUAACAAGUACUUGAAAAAAAUUAAUUUAUCAUAUCGAUAA